GUCAUUGUUGGAGCAACGCUGGUGUCGAUAGGACGUUGAGGGCAGUAGCUAUCUGGAUGAGAUGAAAUCCAAGAAGUCUGCCUUUGCCAACACAUCGACAGGCUACGGCAGGCACAAGCACAGCGGACACGGCAAAGGUCACGCCGGCAAUAAGGAAAAGUCGGAUAGCGGCAAGACCAAAGGAAAGGAAGGCAAAGAACAACCGUUGCAUGAGCACAAGGAGGAGCAGGAGAAAGACUUAAACUCCGGCUUCGGUGAUUACCUACGCACGCCGGAGGCAUUUGAGAUGAUGAAACUGUUUGUUUUUGCCAAUACUAUUAUGUUGAUUGGUACCAUGGCCUGGCCCCAUAUUAAGGAACAGUUCUUUAUGCUUAAUCAAUGGUGGGAAAGUUUUCGCGAGCACCAGCAGCAAUAGAAUAAUA